AACUGAUUACCCACACUAACACCUAUAGUCAGAUUUCGAAGGCAAUGAUGCUAUUCUGACUCUGAAAAUAACUUGGGUUUAAAAAAAAAUUAUUUGGCGGUUAAUUUUGAGGACCGAGAUAAUCUGUACAGUGAAGAAGACCUUUAGUCGACCAAUUGAAAUGGAUUACUAUUUGGUGAUAAAUGGGUGUAAAUGAGCCACAAAUUUCAGGACUUCGAAAUACAUAGAAAAUUUUCCCAGAGGCUAAAAAAAUUUGCAAAAACCAUGGAUGUACUGCAUGUGAAUAUCCAGGAUGGUAAGAACAAUGGAGAGAGUGAAAUGUGUGAGACUACGACGGUCAUCAUUGACACCAGCAACAUCAAGGUAGAAGAUGGGGGACUGAUUCACCUGGAGGAGUGCCCAGAAGAUGGAGAAAGCCCUGUUCAGAUUUCCCAGGAAGCGGUUAGCAUGGCCACUAAGCAGGACUGUGCGGGGUGUAAGAAGGCCAUCUCGGACCGGUUCCUUCUGAAGGCCCUAGAGCAGUACUGGCACGAGGACUGCCUGAAGUGCUCCUGUUGUGACUGUCGCCUCGGGGAGGUGGGAUCCACUCUCUUCACUAAGGCCAACCUCCUCCUCUGUAGGAGGGACUACCUGAGGCUCUUUGGAACAACAGGUUACUGUUCAGCUUGCUCCAAAAUGAUCCCUGCAUUUGAAAUGGUCAUGAGAGCCAAAAGCAAUGUCUACCACUUGGAAUGUUUUGCCUGUCAGCAGUGCAAUCAUAGGUUCUGUGUUGGAGACAAAUUCUAUCUUUGUGACAAUAAAAUACUGUGUGAGUAUGACUAUGAGGAGAGAAUGGUGUUUGCCAACAUGACCUGCAGCUACAAUGCCUUGUCCCAGAUCAAGAAACAGACCCAGAGUCUCAGUGACGAUCUGUCCAGUGGGUACGGCAGUCCCAGCCCUAAUUCAUUAUAGGGGGCGGGGACAUGGGACAACCCCCCCCCCCCCCCACUCCUGUGUACAGAAUCUGACACCUUAUUACAUAAUACAUCUAGUUCGUGUCCUGUGUUUAACGCUCAUUCGACACUGUGUCAUUUUUCUCUUAGUCAUGUGUGUUACAUC